GGACAGAUACGAUACGAAGCGAUACAUACGACGCUUCUUGCUGCGAUGGGAUGGCAUAGCAAGUUCGCAAGACUAAUUCUUCUGGUGCUUCUGCUGGUGCUUCUUCUGCGUACUUGACAAAUCCACCCCGACUAGCUCUGCGGAGUAUGGACCAGGAAAAGCAGACGGUUUACGAACGGCCAUGACCAUCCACGACCAUCCAUGACCAUUGCCAUUACCAUUGCCAUUACCACUACCAUCUCCCAUCUCCCGCUUUCCCUUGGAAUUUCUUGAUCUAUUACUUUUCCCACCUCUCCCUGUCUAUUGGAUAGGCUAUCUUUCCAUCCCAUCCAUCCAUCCAUCGCUCUUUCUCUUUCUCUUUCUCUUUCUCUUUCUCUUUCUCUUUCUCUUUCUCCUUCCUCUCCUCUCUCCCUCCCUCUCUCCUUCCAGUUCCAUACUUCUCUCCUCCGUCCUCCACCUCCCUCGUCGUCUCUCUCUCUCCCUCCAAUUACCAUCUGUACCACCACCUCGAAACUCCACAUUAAAUUAAUCUCCUGCUGUCUGCCCAUUUUCCUUUUUCGUCCUCGUCUGCGUCUUCGCCCUCUGGCUCCUCUUCCUCCUCCUCCUCCCUCGACCCUUCUCGUCCUCUCUGGUCCUUUCGUCCAUCGCCACGACCCUCCACUUUACAUUCGUCCUUGUUCCUUUCACUUUCUGAAGGCGGGAGGAUUUCACCAAUCUCUUCGUAAUUUCAAAUUGGGGGAAAUGGCUAUCAUUUUCAUCGCUGUAUGACGGAUUGAUCUGAUUAAUGAACUGGGUGAUUGAUCGACUUCACUCGAUGGGAUACCUUGAUUGAUAUCUCACAUCCUCAUCCCGUUCGUGUGCAAUUCCGCAUUCCACCUGGCCCGACAUUCCAAUUAACGGUUUUUUCCGGCAACAGCGAAGACACAUACGAUCAUCGAUAACCCCACGAUUGGAAGAAAGACGAAAGCCAUACACUCAACACGGAGAGACUUUCAAUUACCAUGUUUUAUUCACUGCAAGAUGCUUAUCGACGGGGCGUCGUCGCGAUAUGCCUCGUCGCCUUCGUCAAACAUGUCCAGGCAAUAUCGAUGGAGUAUUGCUCAACCUUGAAUACAGGCUCUGGCAGUGCCAAUUCCUCCAUCUAUCAAUCCGAUGGUCUAUGUCACGAUUUCUGCGUGGAUGAAUAUGCAUUUGCUGUGGUACAAGGGUCAGAUUGUUGGUGUUCAAAUUAUGUGCCUGGAACUACAACUUCUUCGAGCGAUUGCGAUACCCCAUGCCCAGGUUAUCCGGACGAUACGUGUGGUGGAGAUAGUUUAUAUGGAUACAUGUCUUUGACAUUAUCUCCAUCGGGAACAAAAGGCGCGGCGACUACAUCAUCAACAUCAUCGACAUCAUCGACUUCAUCUACGAAGGGAACUACUUCGACUUCGAGUCCUGAACCAGUGACAACUUCUUCUUCAACUGCUGAAGCCACUUCUUCCGUUCCACCCAAAACUACUGAAUCAACGAGCUCCAUAGAAGCACCCACUACUUCCUUAGCAUCACCAACUACCGUUGCCGCUCAGAAGUCGUCUACAUCUGGCUCGACAAGUUCUACAUGGACACCCACUCCAAUCAUAUCUCUCGAAACUAUUACCGGACAAGUUCGAACGGUUACUGUUACCCCAACUGCGCCACCAAAUUCCAGCAGCAACUCGUCGGUUUCGAAAAGCAAUGGAGGGUUGACAACUGGAGGUGCUGUGGGUCUCACGAUUGGUCUGGUAGCUUUGAUUGCAAUUAUCGCUGGUGUUACAUACUUCUGUAUAAGGAAGAGAAGACAAGAAAAGGCGGAACAAUAUGCAGCCGUCAACAGUCGAAGGGAAAGCCUCGCCGGCGUGGGUGGACCAAUACCAUCGAGAACCAUGAGCGAAAAUUCACGAUAUGUUCUCGGCACGGAUGGAAAACGCGUUGUCGAAGCAUGGGAACCCGAAUUGAGUACACCUGGAUCUAGAAGGAGUCAAUUGAUGCCAGUGGAUCCACGAUUAGAUCCUUUCGCUGCUGUCUAUCAACGUGGAGAUAAUAAGAGUCGGGAGAGCCUCAAUACUAUUCGAGAUGAUCACGAUUACUCCAGGCGAGUCCAUCAACAAGGACCAAUACUUCGAGCUGUCAACCCUGAUCCCGAUUAACAAUGAUUGUAUCCUUUCCUUUCUUGCCACACACGAUAUUACGAACCUUCUAUUUUCACCUUCAGAAACAUACAGGAUUUGCACGUUUUCACCGCAAUUUAGGUGGACGUUGGAGUUUACAGCGAAUCAUCUCAGAUAAUACCCUUCCCGAAGAAGCCAGAUUUUAAUUGAAAGAUUUGGGACUCAACCAUAAAAAGCACUCGGAAUGAGUAUCAUAUAUUCAUCAACACUUGCCAAAUUAAUAAUGGUAAUUUGUCAUAUGACUACAACAAUCCUUGGCGUGGCUAGUUCCGGCAAACCUUUUCAUUUUUCGUUUCAAACUGUAUUCAUAGAUUUUACCUGCACACGCAAUCGCCUUGUUCAACAUUGGAUGAGAUGCUCAAAAGAGACCUCUUUCAUUCUUUGAACUUGUUAUUAAGAUGCAUAUAUGUGCUUAGUGGAGGUGAGAGGAAAUAGGUUAAAAAGCAAACGGUGGAUUGUACAUACAUUGGGGAUUGAAGAUUAAUUCAUCUCGAAAAACUUCUGGCUUGUUAAUGAGUUGCUGGGAUGGGUGUAAAUGGAUAGGAAUAUGAAUCCUGGGAUAUUCCAGUGAAACAUAGGUAAAUGGACAUACAAUAUUAAAUAUUAAGAAUUUAGUGUGUAUUAAUUGAUA